AUGGAGGAGUAAUUAUACAAAAUUGUUAUAGUAGGGAACAGCGCUGUUGGAAAGUCUUCAUUGCUUAUUCGCUUCUGCGAUGAUUAAUUCAGAGAUAUGUAUCUCAGUACAAUCGGAGUUGAUUUUCGUUUUAAAUCUUUGAGAGUUAAUGGAUAGGGAGUUAAAUUGUAGAUAUGGGAUACAGCUGGUUAGGAAAGAUUUAGAAAUAUUACUAACUCUUAUUACAAAGGAGCAUAAGGAAUCGUUGUGGUUUACGACAUUACAAACCUGAAGUCAUUUGAAGAUAUUCGUAAGUAUUGGAUGAAUGAACUCAAUCAUUACGCAGAUGAAAAUGUGUUGUUGAUGCUUUUAGGAAACAAAAGUGAUUUAGCAACUGAUGAAUCUAGAUAAGUAACUACAACAAUGGCUGAAGAAUUGGCCAAAGAAUUUAAUCUAAAAUUCUUUGAAGUAAGUGCAAAAACAAGUGACCAUGUAUGAAUCAUAAAUAUUAAAUAGGUCGAAGCUGCAUUUCAAGCCUUUACUCAAUAAAUUCAGGAAACAGGAAUAGCUGGAAAAAUAAGAAAACCAUAACCCCAGCAAUAUUUAUAAACACCAAUGCCUUAAGAAGACAAGCCAAAAAAAUAGGACAGUUGUUGCUGAU